AAACGUGUUGUACCUACUUCGAACUCGCGCGCGCGUGCGUACGAAACUAGUCCGUUCUCGCUACCGCGACUGCAGUGAGGAAGAGCAUUUAUCGCCGGCGACACGUUUUGUCCGCGAUUUACACUUAUUGCGGCUACCACACAAUAUAAUCGUUUGGGAUAAUAGUCACAAGACGGCGAGCAACAAGCGCGACGACUGUCCCACGCGCUCAACGUGGUUUUGUGCUAUACUGCGCUGUCCGAAAGCCGCAACGCGCGCGAGCUUGUCGUCGUAUUUAACGGCCGGUAAAAGUUUUGUCGUUACCAGUGGCCGUGGUUUGAAAUCGAACAUUUCGCGGUACGGACGUCCCCAAAAACGACGAUACGGUACACCUGCUGAGACGCAAAAUCCGGCAACGUCGCAGCGCACGCACAGUCCGGGGACCGUAACAAAUGCGCGUGUAACACUUCGAACAGCGUUGCCGCGGUUUGCUCCGGAACGUAUCCGUCCGAACAGCCGCCACCGUCCACCGUUGGAUUCUAAUCAAUGAUGCGCGUUUUCCUUUCUCUCUUCACCCGAACAACAAUAAUAACAAUAAAUAAAUAAUAUAAGAACUUACUACUUAGUAGUUAGUACUUGCUCUUGUCUGUUGUCCACUUAUCUGGUGUCUAAGGUCCUCUGGUCUUCGAAUAUUUCCGUGCGUGUGUGUUUUAUUACAUUUCGUUCUCCCGUGCAAUGGAGGUGGACGAGUUCGAUUCGGGUCGUUCGUCGUCGACAAUUUCGUCGAUAAACAGCCUGUUCUCGUUUACCAGCCCGGCCGUUAAGAAACUGUUGGGCUGGAAGCAGGGCGACGAAGAGGAGAAAUGGGCUGAAAAAGCAGUCGAUGCACUUGUCAAGAAACUAAAGAAAACCAAAGGCGCCAUCGAAGAGUUGGAAAAAGCGCUCAGCUGUCCUGGACAGCCGAGCAAGUGCGUCACCAUACCGAGAAGUCUCGAUGGACGACUACAGGUGUCUCAUCGUAAGAGUUUACCUCAUGUCAUAUACUGCCGUGUAUGGCGAUGGCCAGAUCUCCAAACCCAUCAUGAGCUUAAGCCACUUGACCAUUGUCAAUUUCCGUUCUCUACUCAAAACAAACAGAAAGAUGUUUGUAUUAAUCCUUAUCACUACAAACGUGUUGAAAGUCCUGUCCUACCUCCUGUAUUGGUACCAAGACAAAGUCAGCUACCCCCUAUGAUGUUCCGUCAAAUGCCGGAAAAUCUUCAAUACAAUAAUUAUAAUCAAGGACCCAAUUCUCCAUCAUCAAGUCCUCCACCAAACAGUCCCUUUCAGAGCAGCGCACUAUCAGAAUUAGGAAGUUCUCCUGGGCCUGAUGAAAAAGCUAUGAGUCCCGCAUCUGGAACUCAAGUUUUGUACCAAGAACAAGCUAGUUGGGCAAGCAUAGCAUACUAUGAAUUAAAUAGUAGAGUUGGAGAACUAUUUCAUUGUCAAUCUCCUGUUGUAGUUGUGGAUGGUUUCACCAAUCCAAGUAAUAAUUUAAACCGAUUUUGCCUUGGACAACUUUCUAAUGUGAAUCGAAAUCAAACAAUUGAAAACACUAGGCGACAUAUCGGAAGAGGGAUUCAAUUGCAUUAUAUUGGCGGUGAAGUAUACGCAGAAUGUUUAUCAGACUCUGCAGUUUUUGUACAGUCACGUAACUGCAAUCACCAUCAUAAUUUUCAUCCAUUAACUGUGUGUAAGAUACCAGCUGGAUGUUCUUUACGUAUAUUCAACAAUCAACAAUUUGCAACUUUACUCACAGAAUCUGUGAAUUCAGGUUAUGAAGCUGUAUUUGAGCUCACAAAAAUGUGCACAAUUAGGAUGUCUUUUGUGAAAGGCUGGGGCGCUGAGUAUCAUAGACAAGAUGUUACUAGCACACCUUGUUGGAUUGAGAUACAUUUAAAUGGGCCAUUACAAUGGUUAGACAAAGUUUUAUGUGCCAUGGGAUCCCCUCACAACGCUAUAUCAUCUGUUUCAUAAGCCAACAUGCUUUAUACACUUAAUUGUCUAGUAUCAAGGUGUCAUUUUUUUGUUUUAACUAAAUCAUGAAUAUGACUUAAAUACACAUAAGUUGUAUACAAUAUUAGUAAAAUAAUUUUGCUACAAAAUACCAAGUACUUUUAUAUUAAAUAAACUUAUGAAAUUUAACUUUUUUUAAAUUAAAAUUAGUUUUAUUUAGCUGUACUAUAUAUUUGGUGCUCGCUAUUUUUAUUACUAAAUUUUUUUUUUUGUUAAAGACCAUUUAUUUGUUGUUUUAUUUUACCCUAAUAUUUAAAGCUUUUUAAAAAAAAUUGAAAUACGUUGAGACUUGAGAGAUAUACAACAUAUUUUCUUCUAAAAUUUAUUUGCCAUAUUACUUAUGUGAACAUUUUGUAAAAUAUGGUAAUAUUAGUAUAUUAUGCUCUCUAAUUAAAUGUAUUUUUUGAUGAAUUAUUGCUAGCAAAUAAAUUAUAAUCUUACCACGAGGACACAAUAGUAUAUAAUUACUAAAACUUGUCUUACAUCUUCCAAGUUCACAUACGAAUUAUUGAGAUUAAUUUGAUCUGGAUCAGUGACAAAUCAAACAUUUUUGAUAUUUUUAUUAAUUUUAAAGAUAAAAACUAAGAACAUUAAAAUUUAUCUUAAAAUACUGUUUGAUUGUAAUGGGAUAUCAUAGAUUGAUUUUCUUAUGCAUAUUGAUAACAUUUUCUUUCAUAAUUUUUAUAGUAGGUAAUUUUUCUGUAAAAUCCUUCAGUAAGCUGUAUUCUUGGAAGGUGUAAUAUAUGUUUUUCUGUAAAAAACUGUAUAAUCAAAUUUUUGUUCGAGCGAUGCAUGAUUUUUUUUUAUUGCUUUUAUUUAAUGAUUGUUGCAUAUAGUACACAAAAUUAUGACUAUGUCUAAAAGUUGAAUUUUCCGCUAUUUUCUUUUUAACAUAUAUUACACACUGUUCUUAAGUUAUAGUGUUCAAAUUUUGUUACAAAUUAUUUUUGUAAAUUGCACUUGCUCAUUCAAAAUGUUCAUUUUAGUUUAUUUAUAACUUAUUAAAUAAAUAAUGAUAUGCUACUUACAAUGACAGUAAACUAUAUACAGGGUGUUU